AUGGCAGACCGGCAACUGACUCAGCAGAAUAUUUCCUCUCUGCUGGGAAAGCUCGAUGACCCCGACGCUGAUUUGCGGUAUAUGUCCUUGAAUGACCUCUUCGGGAUCCUGAACAACCCCCAAUCAACCUUUAUCGCAAAUGACUCCCGCUCUGCACAAGGUCUUGCGGAAGGCUUGUUGAAGGCACUGGAUGACCAACACGGUGAUGUCCAAAAUCAAGCACUGAAAUGUCUUGGCCCACUGGCCCUCCGCUUACCAUUUGAAUCACUCACAUUACUUCUCGAGAAGUUGACCACCAUGACCGCUUCUCAGACCAUCGAUACCUCCGUCCCCAGCACCGCCCUACGCACAAUUGUUGAUACCCUCCCUCGGCCCCAAGCUGGCCAACCCGCCCCACAGAACGUCCUCAUCGCAUACUCCGCAGUCUCGAAGAUCCUGAUUCCUCGACUGACAGGACCGACCCAGUCAGCGUCAGGUAGACGUGGCUCGGUAGUGCGGGGCAUGUUGGAGAAAGAUUCGUCCAAGGGCUUCAGCAGCGAGGCAAUUGAUGUGCUCAUCAAGGUUGUGACAUGCUUUGGCCCGCUCCUCCAGGAGUCCGAGCUGGCUGCCCUGCAAGAACCUGUCAUGGCAAUCAUCCACAAUGACACGGCAGGAACCGUCGUUACCAAGCGUGCCCUGACGGCCAUCUCAGCGCUGGUCCUCUACUUUUCGGACAGCCAGUUACACAGCUUUGUGGUUAGCCUGAUAGAAUCCCUUUCAUCACCUAAGAUCUCUAUCGUGCAUCGCCGCCAUUUGAUUGCUGCUAUCGGCACUAUCGCUCGUAGUGCCCCAGCCAAGUUCGGCCCGCACUUGACUAGCUUGGCACCUUUCGUCUUUUCCGCGGUAGGCGAAAGCGCCGUUGAGCAGUGA